CCACGUUUCUGGACUUACUACUCCUCCUUCCUCAAGACGGCGCGGGGCGAGAGCAAGCGGGGUCCGUCACAACCUGCCAUAAAAACAUAAACCAUGAAAAUGUCAGCCGCGGAGAUGUGCCAGGUUCUCAAGGAGGGAGAGCUGGAGAAGAGGAGCGACAACCUGCUCCAGUUCUGGAAGAGAAAGACGUGCGUCCUGACCACGGACAGCCUGAACAUUUACGCGGACGCGCAGAAGCGCUCGCGGGGCAAGGAGCUGAAGCUGCAGAGCAUCAGGAAGGUGGACUGCGUGGAGCGCACCGGCAAGUUCGUCUACUUCACCAUCGUCACCACGGAUAACAAAGAGAUCGAUUUCCGGUGCUCCGGGGAGGAGAACUGCUGGAACGCGGUGAUCACCAUGGCCCUGAUCGAUUACCAGAACAGGAAGGCCAUCCAGGACUUUAAGACGCGGCAGGACGGCGAGAGCGCGUCCCCGGGCCAGCAGGAGCGGCGCAUGGCGAGGGCGCCCUGAGUGGCCCCGGCGGUGGCCACGGUGGUGGCCACGUCUGCUCCAAACAUGUGUCAAUGUGGACCAUUGAGAAAGAGAAUUACGCGGACCAAAAAAAGGAAGACUCGGUGAUCCGGUCCGGAGAUGAAGGACUGUUCGGGACCGAGGAGGUCCCGGACUGGACGGGACAACUGAUCCAAACCCACUGACUUUUCCGAAGCUCCGAACAGGACUGAAGAAGCCUUGAGCUGUCAAAGCAAUGUCAUUCGUUUGGUCUAUAUACAGGCUGAAAUGAUCUUGACAACGUGAUGUUAAUUUAUUUGUUUCCAGGAUAUGGCUUUGUACUGGCAAACUUGCUUGUGUUGUUUAAAUUAUUUACUAUUUUGACGUGUGUUAAGUGUAUUUAUUUGAAUAAAUAUCUGUGUACUUUUGACAUAA